AGAACUCACUCAUAAAAAGAAUAGCACACUCUCAUAAAACCUCUAAUUUUCUAACCAAAUCAGCAAGGGACAGAAGGGCGGGGUUGCUACUGAAACUACCAAGAAAUGGAGGAAAAGGUGGAGACGCCGGUGACCGUGGCACCAACUAUGACGGUGGAGACUACAAGCGCCGAAGAAGCGGAGACCAAGGUGGCGGUGGCAUGUCCUCCUAAAAAGGUUGAGGCCACAAAUAAACAGGCAGAAGAGGAGGUGAAGACAACAGAGACGUCUAGCUUGUUGGGGAUGGUUGAGGCAUACGUGGAGAUCAAAGCUUCCGCUGAGAAGUUUCAUCACAUGUUCACCGCGAAACCGCACCAUGUUUCCAAAGUAUCUCCAGGCAACAUUCAGAACUGUGAAUUGCACGAGGGAGAUUGGGGCAAACCCGGCUCUAUCAUCUUCUGGAACUACUUUCAUGAUGGAGAGGCAAAGGUGGCAAAGGAGAGGAUCGAAGAGGUGGAUCCGGAGAAGAACCUGAUCUCGUUUAGGGUUAUAGAAGGUGAUCUGAUGAAAGAGUACAAAAGCUUCUUGGCCACGAUCCAGGUGACCCCUAAGCAUGGUGGGACAGGGAGUAUUGUGCACUGGCACUUUGAGUACGAGAAAAUUAGCGAGGAGGUUGCUCAUCCCGAGACUCUCCUCCAGUUAUGGGUCGAAAUGUCCAAAGAGAUUGACGAACAUCUCUUGUCCGAGGAAUAAAAUGUGUGUGUGCCUUAAGUUCUGUAUUUUAUUUAAAAUUCAAUAAGGGACUAAGGAGCCGUGUCCCAGUUUGUGAGAGAUUAUAAAUGAUGAGAGUGCCGUGAUAUUAUGUGCGUGUAUAAGUGUAUACUAAGAUCGUUUUACGUUGGACGUGGUAACUUUGAGAAACGACGUGUACUAGCUACGAUGAGGCUGCUAAAAAAAAUAUAAGACUAUAAGUAUUGUAUGUUUGCUAAUAAUAGUAUACGUUUGGGUUAAAGAUUUA